UGGGCGCGAAACUGAAGCCGAAUCCGGACGUAACCAACGCCUAGUAGCGCAGAGGAGCAAUGCAGACAAUAAAAUGUGUGGUGGUUGGGGAUGGAGCUGUUGGGAAAACCUGCCUCCUCAUCUCCUACACGACCAACAAAUUUCCUUCAGAAUAUGUUCCCACGGUGUUUGAUAAUUAUGCAGUCACUGUUAUGAUUGGAGGUGAACCCUACACACUGGGUCUUUUCGACACAGCAGGUCAGGAAGAUUAUGACAGACUGCGGCCACUCAGCUACCCUCAGACAGAUGUUUUCCUUGUCUGCUUCUCUGUUGUCUCGCCCUCCUCUUUCGAAAACGUCAAAGAGAAGUGGGUGCCAGAGAUUUCCCAUCACUGUCCUCGUACUCCAUUCCUGCUGGUGGGCACCCAGGUGGAUCUGAGAGAUGACAGUAAUACAGUGGAGAAACUAGCCAAGAACAAACAGCGUCCUAUUUCGCUCGAGAGCGGCGACAAGCUGGCCAGAGACCUCAGAGCUGUCAAAUAUGUGGAGUGCUCUGCUCUCACCCAGAGAGGACUGAAGAAUGUGUUUGACGAGGCCAUACUGGCAGCACUGGAGCCUCCAGAGACCAAACCGAAGAAGCGCUGUACUCUGCUGUAGAGGAUGACAGGGGUUGAGGGACCCACACCUCAGAGAAAGAGAGGGAGAGGGAACAGCACAGUAAGGGAUUAUGGGAUGGGAGGGUUUACCUAUGAGACUUAAAAAGUUUAGUUAAAAAUGGGAACAGCAAAGAAAAUGAAAAUGUGAAAAAGAGUGGGAGAUGGGCAAAACAGUGUUUUAGAAAUUAAAAAACAAAAUUGCACAGUGCCUUCAAAAUCUUACACAAUGUCAAAGAAAAACUUGAAUCAGCAGCUCUUCUGAUCCAAGCUAGGAAAUAAAUGCUUGUGAAAAAUGGGAGCACUUUAAGUGGGACUGUAUAUUGUAUAUCUGAAUCUCCUUCAGCUGCAGACUGGCAGCUCAUCACUGAGCAACAAAACAGGCUUUCGGUUCUCAUUCUGCAAGACUUGACAAAGCCAAACAUUGGCUAGAAUAAAUGUUUCGCAUUUGCCCUUGAAAAAAUAUAAAUGCUUUUUAAUUAUCUUAAGUUGACCAGUACUGUGCUCUUUGUCUUACAGUCUUAAAUCUGUAAGAAAAACAUUCCAAAAAGUGAAAGAUGCCUCUUACCCUUAUUUAGAUGGCCACUAAAGAGAUUUCUAUUAGGCAGUUACUCUUGUUGUUUAAUUGUGGUCAGCCAGAGUUUGCUUAAGACUUACACACACUUACUCUUUCCAUAAAAUAUUUACAUCAUUUUGUGUAAUUUUAAGAGCUUUUGUCCAGAGGUGCAAAGAGGAUCUUAUUAUUGAAAGAAAACCUGUAGAUCCUCCACCUGGAUUCUUACUUCGCUUGUGGAGCUCUGGAUGUUGUUCCCCUGCAGGUUGUAUAAAGAACUGCAUUUUUACAAAAAUAUUGUUUUUAAAGCCACAUUCAGGAGCUGUAUAUCUUCAAAGCAGUGUACAGCUGACCCAGGAUCAGCUAUAAUUAUAUCAACAAUAUGUAAUAGUAAGUGUUGGUGCUGAUUGAAAGCCACCAUUCAUGCAGUCAGCAGGGUGCAGAAGCUUGUGACUGGGGCUUUUAUGCUGUACUGUAUUGAAGAAAUGUUCCAGCAUUUUUCAUUCUAAUCUCUAUUUAACAGAUAUGUUAUCAAUUACCAGGGAUAAUAAUGUUGACUUAUUUUACUGUACAGAAAACCCACCGACUCAAAUUUCACUUCUUGUAAAAGCCACAGUCGGCACACAGCAGUGUUAGUUUACCACUAUGUUGGUAAACUAUUACCACAGGAUCUUCCCUUCGGAAAACUAGUCACAUGUCUAAAAGAUGGAUUAUACAUAUUUACAGCUUAAUUUACAAAUGGCUUUGAAGAAUUCAUGAACGUAUUCUGUAAAAAUGUGCUUUGCAUAAACGGGUAGUGACGAAACACAGCAACUGCCCGUUGGGUUUUAUUAAAUGUGUUUCAAGUCAACAGGUUUUCAGUCCUUUUCUUUUAAAUACAGAUAAAUAUGUUGUCGUCCCUGGAAAGCAGUGAUAUGCUACAUAUUUAGCAGAUAGUGACUAGAUUGAAAGAUGCUGGAAUAUUCCUUUAAAAGUCUUCAUUUCUUUUUGGGGUUAAUACAUUUAGUAGUAAUGUGCUUUGAAACUUGAGUUGUUUUUGUUGUGUUUUUUUUAUUUUUUGUUUGUUUUUUUUGUUUCACUUUUGAUAGAUAUAUUUUGUGAUUUACUGCUAAUGUAACAGUUUGAAAUGUGCUGUUUUGAAUAACCAUUUUACCAACAAAAUAUAGAGGUCUCCAAUAUGGCCUUUUCUUAGUCCAGCUCUGUGGUGUUUUAAUUUCACUAUAUUUGUAAUAAAAGUGGUGCAUCUGACACAAAA